GGUCGUCUUAGUUGUUCUCUCGAUGUCAGUUGGUGUGUAGCAUCCAUUGGAACCGAUACAAAAAAAUAGAGGCACUCUGUAAAAGUAGAGCAAAAUGUCGACGUCGUUUCUAACUCGUGGUUUAUCGUCGUUUCUGUUUAAAUCGUUUGCUAUCGGAUCAUCUAGCACGGCUGGCCGGAAUGCUGCUCCCAAUCAAUCGCUCUUCCAUUCCACCAGCAAUACCGAACCAGAAGAUUCUAUACGCUUUGAUAAGCUACAAACCGUACCCAGUGCUUGCAUCCAAUUGUUUGUUACACUUGCACUGACGAUCAUUUCGGUUAUAUAUACGCUUCAGCAGUGUGAUACCACAACGGUAUGUUUAUAUUACUACAUGCUGCUUUACCUACGAGGCGUGUAUUGGGCGAUUAUUUACUUAAUCCAUCUCUACACCAAAAGUCGGCACCUUUGUCUGAACCGCUGUGGCCACCAUUCCUUCGCUACGAAGGUUCACCGGCACAAAAAAUCCUGCCUACAGCUGGUAACGCUAUCGAACAUGAUCCUGCUGGUUGUCCACACGGCAUUGGGACAUUGCUUCGGGGAAACGUUUAUGCAACGUUGUUUCGUGGAUGGCUUUUCCUCCGUUGUGUUUGUUGCAUCUUUCACCCUUCUAGAGACGGUGAUUAUUGUACCGGUACAGCUAUCCUACAUCGUUCACGUUCGAGUGUUCAAUCUCACACGACCAAUGCCGGACGCGCAACAGAACACCAACGAUUUAAGCCUACGUAUAUGCCCCAGCGAAGACUACAGUGUUAACGAUAGCUUCAAGAGCAUUACGGAUCCGAAGGAAUUUAUCCUGCUCCAAUCGGCGAUGAUAAGCAAGCUGAAGCAGGAGAACAGUCAGCUUCGUAACAAGAUUCAGGAGGCAAAAAAUUUAGUGGAACUUGUUCCGAACCAAUCGCUUAACUACUCUCUGGCAGAGCAAUCAAUCGUUGGAGGAUAUUGAUAAGACGCUACAUUAUUUGAAUUUGCAGAUAGCAAACGGUAUUGUUUAUGUUUACACAAUUAAAAUGUACUACCUUCUAUGUAGUAGCACGGGAACAUCCUUCCUUUCGCACUGGUACUGUUUCGUAUACUAAAAAUAUCGUUAUUUAAGAAGGCAGACAACGAUAUUCGUGAAUUAAUAAAUUUGUCCUUAUUAACUGU